AUGCCCGCCGCCGCUGACGUCGACUCCAAAUCGGCCCUGGUGCCGCUAUGCCACAUCGUGACGCCAGUCGGCAUGCUCGGGUACGGCUUCAACGAAGACCAGACGCUGGCCGUGCUCGCUCCGCUGGUCGCCACCAAGGUGCCUACCGCUCUGAUCCUGGAUUCGGGCUCGACCGACAGCGGGCCGGGCAAGCUGGCGCUGGGCGAGAUGAGCGCCCCGCGGAGCUCGUACGCCAGAGACCUGUCCAAGUUGUUGAAGAUGGUGCAUGCUUUCAAAGUCCCGCUGAUCUUCAGCUCGGCUGGCGGAGAUGGCACGGAUGAGCAUGUCAAGGAGAUGGUGAAGGUUAUUGAAGAGAUCGCCGCUGAGGAAGGGAACGAACACUACUCUCUAAAGACAAUUUCAAUCUUCUCCGAGAUCGAGAAACAGGUAGUCCAGGACAGGCUCCAGGCCGGCGCCAUCACCGGCUGCGGCGCAUGUGUCCCAGACCUCACAACAGAAGACAUCGCGGACUCCCCCCGCAUAGUUGGCCAAAUGGGCCCCGAGCCCUUCCUCGACGCCAUGAACGCCAACCCGGACUUCAACAUCAUCGUCGGCGGGCGCGCCUACGACCCCUCUCCCUACGUCGGAUACGCGUCGCACAUCUCCGGCAUCGACCUUUCCAACUGGGCCUCCGAGAAAGUCCGCCGCCAAUUCGGUGGCUACACCCACAUGGGUAAGAUCAUGGAGUGCGGGGGACUCUGCGCACAGCCCAAGUCCCACGGCGCAGUGGCAUCGGUCUAUCGGAACGGCACGUUUGAUAUCACGCCGAUGGAUCCGCAGGCACGCUGCACGCCGCUGUCGGUGGCGGCGCAUACGCUGUAUGAGAAGUCGCGGCCGGACAUCCUGCAUGGGCCUGGCGGGUAUCUUGACCUGAACACUGCGGCGUAUGAACAGCUGCAGGACGAUAGGACGGUCAGGGUGCGUGGGAGUAUGUUCCACUUUGCCCAAGAGAGCGGGCUGCCGUAUCAAGUCAAGCUGGAGGCGGCGAAGGUAAUCGGGUACCGGACCAUCACUAUGGGAAGCUUCCGCGACCCAAUUCUAUUAGGCCAGAUCGACGAGCUGCUCCGACGCGUAAAGCAAUACGCCGAAGAGCAACACCGCGGUGUCCCCGGCACCUGGGAGCUCGACUUCCACCGCUACGGCGGGCCCAAUGGGACAGCGCCGCUGGCGCCGAGCGGUGCACCGCCUAGCGAGCUGUUCAUCAUCGCCGAGGUCCUGGCGUCGACACAGGAUUUGGCGACCAGCGUGGCGGCGGCGGCCAAGAUCGCUUGCACGCACGGAAGCUACCCCGGCCAGAAGGCAACGUCAGGUAACUUUGCGUUCGGUAUUGGUGGGAAGAUGACGAUCCCACUGGGACCUUGUGCGGAGUUCUCAAUCUACCACCUGAUGGACCUUAAGGAGGGAGAAGAGCGCCUUGCUCUCGAUUGUGAGGCCGAGUCGGCGGAGCAGAUCGGAGCCAAGGGCAAUGGAGUUGGCACUAGACGGAAGAUGCUCUUCUCGCAAACCGUGUCGAACCUUGGUAAAGGGCAGAGAUCUUCGCUUCCAGACGAGGAGACGAUUUCCGCUCCCUUCCCAUCGAAAGCCAUCAAAUCAAACAAAAGCAGCUCAACAGGCCACCCCAACGGAACCAACAGCAGCCAGACGCCCAUGCAACCUACGCAAUUCAUAUCCUCCGGCACGAUCGGCGAAGUAGCCCGCAUCGUGCGAUCCAAGAACGCCGGCCCGUACGAGAUCACCUUCGACAUCAUGUUCUCCUCCCCAGAAGUCUUCCGCACAGUCAAGGAGUCGGGCUUCCUGUGCCAAAAGACGGUGGCGAGCGCGCUGGGCGUGCCGGAGACGGACAUCGUGUGGAGCGGCUUCUUCGACCCGGCGCUGGCGUUCAAGGCGACGAUACCGCGCGUGCGGGCUGGGAGGCGCGUGCCGGGGGGCAGUUUCAUGGAGAACGAUGUGCAUGGCUCGCAGCAGUAUCUGCCGCUGAUGUACUUGAAAUUGCCGGAGGAGCUGGUGGUGUAG